CGGAAUUAGGCGGCGGGCUCCGCGGGGGCCAUGGAGCUGCUAAAACUGAACCGGAGCUUGCAGGGAUCCGGACCUGGGCCGGGGGCUUCCCUGUGCCGUCCGGGCCCCCUCCUCAACGGCAGCAGUGCGGGCAACCUCAGCUGCGAGUCCCCUCGCAUCCGCGGAGCCGGGACACGAGAACUGGAGCUGGCCAUUAGAGUCACCCUUUAUGCAGUGAUCUUCCUAAUGAGCGUUGGAGGAAAUGUGCUCAUCAUCGUGGUCCUGGGACUGAGCCGCCGGUUGAGGACCGUCACCAAUGCCUUCCUGCUCUCGCUGGCAGUCAGCGACCUCCUGCUGGCUGUGGCAUGCAUGCCUUUCACCCUCUUGCCCAAUCUUAUGGGCACAUUCGUCUUUGGCACAGUCAUUUGCAAGGCUGUUUCCUACCUCAUGGGGGUGUCUGUGAGCGUGUCCACACUAAGCCUGGUGGCCAUCGCCCUGGAGCGGUACAGCGCCAUCUGCCGACCACUGCAGGCGCGUGUGUGGCAGACGCGCUCCCACGCGGCUCGUGUGAUCAUAGCCACAUGGCUGCUGUCCGGACUGCUCAUGGUGCCCUACCCCGUGUUCACCGUGGUGCAACCAGUGGGGCCCCGUGUGCUGCAGUGCAUGCAUCGCUGGCCCAGUGCACGGGUCCGCCAGACCUGGUCGGUAUUGCUGCUCCUGCUCUUGUUCUUCGUCCCGGGUGUGGUUAUGGCCGUGGCCUAUGGGCUUAUCUCCCGCGAGCUCUACUUAGGCCUUCGCUUUGACAGUGACAGUGACAGCGAGAGCCAAAGCCGUGUCCGAAGCCAAGGAGGCCUGCCCGGUGCAAAUGGACAAGGUACUGUCCACCAAAACGGGAGUUGCCGGCCUGAGACUGGCCUGACUGGCGAGGACAGCGACGGCUGCUACGUGCAACUCCCGCGUUCCCGACCUGCACUGGAGCUGUCGGCGCUGACGGCACCCACUUCUGGGCCAGGGCCUGGGCCCCGACCCACCCAGGCCAAGCUCCUGGCUAAGAAGCGUGUGGUGCGAAUGUUGCUAGUGAUUGUUGUGCUUUUUUUCCUGUGUUGGUUGCCAAUUUACAGCGCCAACACGUGGCGCGCCUUCGACGGCCCAGGUGCACACCGAGCGCUCUCGGGUGCUCCCAUCUCCUUCAUCCACUUGCUGAGCUACGUCUCGGCCUGUGUCAACCCCCUCGUCUACUGUUUCAUGCACCGUCGCUUUCGCCAGGCCUGCCUGGACACGUGCGCCCGCUGCUGUCCCCGGCGUCCUCGAGCUCGCCCGAGGCCUCUUCCAGACGAGGACCCUCCCACUCCCUCCAUUGCUUCACUGUCCAGGCUGAGCUACACCACCAUCAGCACGCUGGGUCCUGGCUGAGACAGGGUAGAUGAUAAGCACCGACCCAUCCAGACACACAAAAUAUUGACCACAACUGACACGGGACACUGACACCCAAAAAGUAGUUUAUCUGACACAAGAGUGGAGCCCUACACAGGAAAGAAGGCACACUUUUGAUAUGGAACUGAGAGGGGCCCACAGAAACAUGGCACUAACCUUGGACAGUAUCCCUAGCAGUCAGCUAUUUCUACAUAGUGGGAACUCUGACAAGGUCUGACCUUUCCCUCAUCCACAUAGAUUAAUGGCACUGAAUCUUUUAGGGGCUGUGGAGCCUGGCACAGAACUGACUCCUGGGAUGCUCCAAACUGUCCCCAGAUUGACCUCACAAUGCCCUUCCCCCAACCAGUACUGAAAUCAACUCCCUGACCAACUGUUUUGCACUGAAAAGUUCCUCCAUCCCUUUCCAGUUAAGGACUGUGGCCCUGCUCCCUCCUUCCUCACCCAAACUCUUCAAGAAAUAAUAAAUGAAUUGGUUUCCUCCUGGA